CGGGUCCCCGUGGCUCCCCGCGGGCGGGCGCCCCCUCGCUGGAGGCGGAGGGACCGAGCCGCGCUCUGCGCUGCCCCGCGUUGCUGCCAGCGGGGCGCGGGGGCGCGGCGGGCGCUGCCCCUGAGAUGCGGCCGCCCGCCCCGCCGCUGCCCUCCCUACCUGUGCCGGGCCCGCCGCCGCCGCCCCUCCCCCGGGCCCGCCGCCGCCGCCCCCGCGGGGGCCGGGACUGAGCGCGGCGCCGAGGCGCGAGGAGAGGGCGAGGGAGCGGGGCGGCCGCGGCGCAGGAUGUGGGUGCCGCUGCUGGCGUGUCUCACCGCGGGGAUGGUCUCCGUGCCCAAGGGCCAGCGCGGACCCGGAGCCCUCCUGGGGGCGGCCCGGCUGCUGGCGGCCGUGCCGGGACUCUGCCAGCGCCCGGAAAACAGAUGUGCCACUUCAAAUGCAGUAACAUGCACAAAGUGUCUUGCUUUGGGUCCAGAGUGUGGAUGGUGUGCUCAAGAGGAUUUCAUGGCUGGCGCAACACAGAAGGGACGCUGUGACACUGUUUUCAACUUAAUGAAAAGAGGCUGCCAAUCAGAUUUUGUAGAAAAUCCCACAGUUCAUGUCACAAUACCCAGUGACCAUGAAACAAAUACACAAGUGACACCAGGAAAAGUUUCGGUCCAACUGCGUCCAGGAAGUGAAGCAAACUUUAUGUUAAAAGUACGUCCUCUAGAGAAAUACCCCGUGGAUCUUUAUUAUUUAGUUGAUGUCUCAGCCUCUAUGCACAACAAUAUAGAAAAACUAAAUUCCGUUGGAUUUGCUUUAUCUAAAAAGAUGGCGAAUAUUUCUCUUGAUUUUCGGCUUGGAUUUGGAUCCUAUGUGGAUAAAACUGUGUCACCCUAUAUCAGCAUUCAUCCAGGUAGAAUCCAUAACCAAUGCAGUGAUUAUAAUUUAGAUUGUAUGCCUCCUCAUGGUUACAUUCACGUUCUAUCAUUGACUGACAAUAUAGCAGAAUUCAGAAAUGCAGUGAAUAAACAAAAAAUUUCUGGGAAUAUUGAUACACCUGAAGGGGGUUUUGAUGCGAUGCUCCAAGCAGCUGUGUGCCAGAGCCAUAUUGGAUGGCGUAAAGAAGCAAAGCGACUACUUCUUGUGAUGACAGAUCAAACUUCUCAUCUGGCCCUCGAUAGUAAAUUAGCAGGGAUUGUAAUUCCCCAUGAUGGAAACUGUCAUUUAAAAGAUAAUGUGUACAUCAAAGCUACAAGUAUGGAGCAUCCAUCUCUUGGGCAGCUCUCUGAAAAAUUGAUUGAUAAUAACAUCAAUGUUAUUUUUGCGGUUCAAGGAAGCCAAUUCCAUUGGUAUAAAGAUCUGUUACCUCUAUUGCCUGGUACUGUUGCAAGACAGAUAGAAUCACAAGCAGCAAAUCUCAAUGAUUUGGUGGUAGAAGCCUAUCAGAAACUUAUAUCUGAAGUGAAAAUUCAAGUGGAUAACCGAAUCCAAAGUCUUCAUUUCAAUAUCACUGCGAUCUGUCCUGAUGGAAGUAAAAAAACUGGCAUGGAAGGAUGUAAAAAUGUGGGAUAUAAUGAAGAAGUACUUUUCAAUGUCUCAGUUACAAUGAAAGGAUGUGAUGCAACUGGAGGAAGAAAGUAUGCAAUACUUAAGCCUAUUGGUUUCAAUGAAACCACCAUCGUUAAUGUGCAGAAAAGCUGUGCCUGUCAGUAUGGAAAUAGUGCAAAGCAUAGAAGAGUAUGGACUGAUGAAACUUCUUCUGAUGAUAAACAGUCCCAUUGCAGUGACAAUAAUUGUAGUUCUAAUAGAGAUACACUUCCUUCUGAGAUGUGCAGACAACACCAGGACCAGCCUAUCUGCAGCGGUCAAGGAAAUUGCAUAGAUGGAAAAUGUUUCUGCUACAAAAGCAAGCUGGGCAAGGUGUAUGGCAAGUACUGUGAAAUGGAUGAUUUUUCCUGCCCGUAUCACCAGGGAAACUUAUGUUCAGGUAAUGGUGAAUGUGAAGCUGGUAAAUGCAAAUGCUUUGCUGGCUGGGAAGGUGACCGUUGCCAGUGCUCGUUACAAUCAGCAAAGCACUGCCUGAAUUCAAAGGGCCAGAUUUGCAGCGGAAGAGGAAAAUGUGUAUGUGGAAAGUGUGAGUGCACAGAUCCAAGAAGCUUUGGCCGUUUGUGUGAAUAUUGCCCUACUUGUAACAAAGCCUGUGAAGAAAACUGGAAUUGUGUUCAGUGCCACCAUUCUAACAAUGCAUCUCAAGCAAAACUUGACCAAUGCACAACCUCAUGUGCUUACCUGCUGCAUUAUAUUGACCAAACUUCAGAAUGUUUCUCUGGAAGGAGCUACUUUAGAGUCUUUUCCAUAAUCUUUAUAGUUACCUUUCUGAUUGGGUUGCUUGUUGUCCUUAUCAUCAGGCAGAUAAUUCUGCAGGGGAGUAGCAAUAAAGUUAAAUCUUCAGUUGACUACAGAGUAUCCGCAACAAAGAAGGAUAAGAUGUUUUUGCCCACUGUUUGUACAAGAACAGUAACAUACAGACGUGACAAACCAGAGGAAAUAAAUAUCGACAUCAGCAAGUUACGAUUAAAUGAGACUUUCAAGUGUGAGUUCUGAAGACAGUGUGUUUUCUGCAAAUGUCUGUUUCCGUCAUGAUCAACUUUUAAAAAGUUGCCUUUUGUACUCUGUUGGAGUCCUGACUGUUGCCAUAUGGUUUUGUGUUGUGCAUUUUGUUGAAUACUGUAACAAAGUGACAUGUAAGCAUAUUCACAUAAUGUGACUAUGUUUGAAACUAUAGCUGCUGUAUUGUUUUUUAUUUUUGAAAGAGAAAUGUGCAUUACUACUGUUCAGGAACAUUAGUGUUGAUGUAGCACUUUAGCAGAUUCUAAUUUAUUUAGUUAGUUAUGGCCUAGAAUGUAGAUAUGAACUGGUCUGAGAAAGCACUGAUCUCACUCUACAUGUAGCUGGUACUGAUGUGCUCUGUGGGAAUGGACAAAAACUGUGACUGAAAUAUUAACAUUGCUGUAUAUUAUAGCAAUAGAUAAAAUUAUUCAAAUGCUCUUGAAUAGAGUAAAUGGUACUUUUAUAGUUCUCUCAGUUGACUAAAUACCACUGAUUUGUCUGCUUUAGCCUCUUACCUUCUCCUCAUUACUUAAUAAAAAUGACUGGAUUAAAUGACUGCUUAGUUACUGGUGUGGGUGUGUAGUUGUGUGUAUAUAUGCACACACACAGAGGUAAAUUAUAAAUAUAGGUUUUAUAUGUAAUGAUGUCACUUAAAAGUUAAUUUAUAUCUGAGAAGGAGUAAUUUUUAGCCUCUUUACUGGUUUCAACAUAAAAAUUUAUAUAUGAAUUUCAAGAUAUUUGGAAACUGAGUGGCUACAUAAAACACAAGACUUCUGUCCAACAGCGUAGUCACUGCCAGCAUGGUCACUGCCAGCUGACUUCACCUUUGGAGUCAGAAGCAUCAACUCCUUUGCAAGCAGAUAAAUUGCACCAGAGCUGCAUUUGGUUUACUAGCUACAUGUCAGUGUUUUGCCGAAUAAGGCCUUUGUUCUUUCUGUAUGAUGUCAGGUGUAAGUCUGGUUUUACACACUUGCUCUUUUUUUUCUCUGUAAAUCAGCUGACAGGAUUAGUUUUUGUGAGUACUAAUGUAAUCACUUUGAUUUUUGUGACUGUGCAUUAAGAAAUGCGUCCAGUGUGAUGUGGAAAAGAACUUGCAAUUUGGAAGCAGGUGAGGAAAACAGGAGUCCUUUUCUCAGGAGAACACAUUAAUUGACUCAUAAAUGUGGGAUCAGGUUCUGCCUUCAGAAAUGGGCAAAACUCUUCUAAAUACAGUAGGACCAAUAUAAGCUUAUCUGAGAGCAGAUUUUUAGCUAUAAGGUCAAGCAGAACCAUUUUCUUACCCCUGAAACCAGCUACAGUAGUUGAAGACAUGUUAUUAUGUGCUAGUUGGAAGAGUCAGCCAACAGUCUGGUUUAUUAUCUACGUGCUUCCAAAACCCUACAAAAAUCUGAUCAACCUCUAAUGCACUAAAGUCUUACUGGCAAAGAGAAAAAUCAUCUCAGAAGACAGGAUGCAGUGUAUCAUUUCAGCAACAUUAAUUACUGAUACUACAUAUUGGUCUGUACUUGUCAUAGAGAAGAGUUACAGAAACAAAUCAGGACUUCUUUACACGCAGUUUUUUGUAAUUGGUGUAUAUUCUGAUUUCCUAUUCUGUAUUUCUUCUGUAAAUUCCCACUGAAAUCUGAGGUCUAUACAUGUGAAAGGAAGGCAGAAUGCAGAACAAAUGAUACGUGUUAUGUGAGUGUCCGCAGUUGCUUGGGUCAUGGAUCAAGUGGGAUUGAGAAAAAUAGUAUAGAGACAAUGGGCCUUCCAUUAGAUUGUAAUUAAAGUUUUAGAUUUGGUUUAAAAAAAACUUAAACUAGGCUAGAAAAUGUUUCUAAAGCAGUAUUCAGAAUGAUCCCUGAGCUCUCUAUCAUACAGGUAAAAGUGUCUCAUUUGAAGAAAAGGGAGGUUCUUUACAUUGACCCUGAUUUUAGAGAUAGCUUAGUUGUAAUAUCAUAAUUAUAGGUUAAUUCUGUAAUCAAGUAUACCUUAAACUUUCAUUUUCUUUUAAAACAUGUAGAACCAUUUUCCUUCUGUGUAAAUUAACAGAUGCUAAACAAUUGGUUUCAAUGGGAUAAAGAGAUUGGUAGAGGUUUACCUGCUAUUGCUCUUGUCACAAUUCAUUAGUAUUUUUAAGUGGUUAGUAAACAAGGCCUCCGGUUAUCUGUUUCACUUAACCAAACAAACAAAUUAAAAAAUUAAAAGCUUAGCAGAGAAUAUAUUAAGUAUGUACCAAAAGGUGUGAUUGAGUUCUUUAAACAGUGUGAUAAUUUUUUUUUUUAGAUAAAAGAUUAAUUAGAAUGUAUUUCCCAUAGUGGCCUUUAAAGCACUUGCUGAACUGAUAGCUGAUGUUUUUUCCUUAGAAAUUACUUUUCACUGUGACAAGAGGUUGAAUUAUGUGGGUAGGCAACAAUGGAUCUGGGUUCUUUGUGGAAGAAAGGUUUGAGCUGUAACACUCGUCUUCCGGACACGUCACACUGCUACUGCUUUUCUUCUGUAGCACUUAGUUGGCUUUGCAGUGCUGCCUGUGAAGGGGCACAGCCAGUAUUUCCUUAUCAGACACCUGCCUGAAUGUUUAAAAUGCUCUGGUCAAACAGGGCAGACGGACCGGAAAAAUUGCACUGUAAGCUGCUUGCUGUCCUGAGGAUAAAAAAAAAAAAAACACGCUUAUUUUUAAAAAAAGUUUCUAAGAAAAAAAAAAACAAGUUUAAAAACCUUAUUUUUGCAUCUCCCUCAUGUUUUUGCUGUAUUGUGGAGGUGGCUAGUGAAAAAGAAUAAGCUGCUGCUAAUGUGACAGGUCAGAGCUUUUAGAAGGCCCAUGGGGAGCUUAUACAUAGCAGGAUCCUUGGGAGGAGGCUUUGUUUCUAGGGAUGGAAUCUAUCCAUGAGAAACUCUGGCUUUGCUUGGUACGUGUUUCCCUCUGCCUUUGACCAUGUUUUUCAGAAGAGCUGCUGCAGGAGAUGAAUAGCCCAACAAAAGCCUCAGUAUUUAGGAAGCUGUGUUCCCUCAGCACAUGACCUUAAAUGAGAAAGCAGCCUGUAAUUCACAAGGAAUUUCCUCAGCAAUUGCAGGACUGCUUCCUAUAGUGCUUAAUAUGGCAGAUAUUAAAGACGAAUUAGUUCAUAUUAGUUUUCAAUGUCUUGUGCGUCAAAGAUGCUCUUAAGAAGAGGGUAAAAAAGAUCUGGUCUCAGAAUAGAACGUUCCAAACUUCUUAAAUAAAAUUUCCUAUCCUAGACCUCUUCAAAAAAAAGAAAAAAUACUCAAAUAAUUUCACUGCAUGCCUGUACCCAAAAAUGUAUCAGCAGAUACUAGUGUAUCUCACCAUUAUUUGAGGACUUGUUUUUAGAUUUCCUCCCACAAAAAGAUCAUGUACAUGGCUUUUCACAGCAGAUUUGUUAAUGCUAAAAUCUGCAUGUAAAAUUUUCAAAUUCUAAUUCCACUUUUCUUACCUUUAACUGGUUGUGUGUCUAACAUUUCAGAAAUGACAUGUUAAUGCAAUUAAAAAGCAUAUAUUUUACUUCAGUUUUUCUUUAAAGACUCUAAAAUGAAGAAAUACUAUGAACUGAUUAUUUCCAAGCAUGAUGAGCACGUUAAUAACAUUGCUACAGAAGUGUGUGGGAAAAUAGCUGUUUCAUCUGGAAAAUGUGCACAUGGUAUGCAAGGAAUUUUCAUUGUGCCCAGCUGAAAUUCCCUUACGUUCACAAGGAAUGUUGAAAGUGAACCUUAAAAAGGAAGGACAUUUGUAUAGACAUAGUUUACAUUUUAUUCAUUAUUUUCAACUGGAUUUAUUUUUUCCUCUCUAUGGUGUCAUGAUAACUUGCUAUGUAAAGUAUUCUUCAAACUGCAGUGGAAAAAAAUUAUUUUCCCAGUCUGUUCAUAUAUAAUAUUUGUUUCCUGCUUAGUGUGCAUAUCUAAAUGUACGUAUUUUGCAAACUGUGGGAGUGAAUGUGUGAAGCAGCUUCAAGCAGCCUAAGUCCUAAAGUAGCCAUAAGGCCUAAAGAUGCCCAAGGCAGAGAGAGAGAUGCAAGGGCAGUGCUGCCCAUGCAGGCUCUUGAAUAGGGACAGCAUCCUCAGCAGGCACCACGUAUCCUGCAAUUCCCCACAGCAUCCCUACAAAGAUGAUGCUCUGAGACCACACUUCAUUUGUCUGGGCAGGAAGCCUCUUCAAGGUUUGCAGGCUUGGCAGAGGUGGUAGGAUUUGUGUCCUAGACACUCAGCCACGCGUUGGAACUGCAUUAUACGCAGUCCACCGCCCUCAGCACUGCAGGCUUUUUGCAUCUUUACUCGUCAAAAAAUGCUUGCAUGUAACCUUGCCAGGGACCGCCUGUGCCAGUACGUACUGUAAACCUGGAUGAUCCAGACCUCAAUUAGAACUUCUGGGAAGUCUUUGGGCACCUGCCCAUUGGCUUCCCACCAGUCCCAGGAUCUCCACCAGCCAGUCUUCAGAAAUAUAAGCUGAAGCUAUGGAAGGGCAUGUCUCAUUGGUGCUGAGUCAGUGCUGGGUGACACUUAGUCUGCUCUAACAAUGAGUGAAGCGUGGUGACAGUGUUGUGGCUGUACGUUUGCAGGGGAGGGGAGAGAUUUAUUUGCUAAGCAGAAAUGAAGCAGUAGUUAAGAAGAACACUACUUUGUAAUGAUGCUCUUGGCACUGCUCGAUGCACAGACUUCUCAUAGAUAUUACAGAGAACUGAAAUUCAUGGAGAGAGAAAAAAAAAAGUUAAAAUUAGCCAGCGUGAAUGCAUUUCUAUAAUGAGCCAAAUCAGUGGGGUUUCACUGAGUGCGAGCCAGCUCAGAAUGGUUGGCCUUUUGGGAGCGGGGGAGGAGAGGGGGAGGGGGAGGAGAAAGGGGGAAAAAAAUCCUUAAAUUUAGUAGUUUCUUAUGCUUUAGAAAUGCUUCUCUGGUUUGCGUGUCCUCUUUGUUUCCUUUCCUGCACACACUCUUAAGAAAAAAGAAGGUCCCUACCUACUAAAAAAAGAAUACUAAAAUAUCUGUCAUUUGUUAAAACAAUGGAUUCUACCCAAAUGCCAGCAUUUCAUCCUGAUACCUAUGUUGUGUUUGGGCUGUUUUGGUUAUGUUUUGAAGGGAGAUGUUGAAAGAUGAAAGAUUUUUGGGGGAAGACAUUCAUGUUGUAUGAAUUCACUGUGCUAAUAUCUCCUUCACUUUUACCUACUACUGCUUCAAAAAAUAGAGCUACUUUAAAGUGUCUUAUGUAGCGAUGGUGUGACAGCUAUUAAUAAUACUACAGUUUUUAACUUUCUAUUUAACAUAUACUACCUUUUAUAAAAAAAGUAUUUACAAAUAAUGUUUCUAUAGAUUUAAUGCAUAGAGAAUGUUAGUAAGGGAAGAGGUUUUAAAUAAAUUUAUAACUUCUUACUCUUUAUUUUACAUUUUAAAUCACUACUUUUGUUUGUGUGGAAAUAUACCGAGUAUUUUAUUAUUUAAAAUAGUGUACUUUUAUAGCUGUUUAUUAAUUUCAGUUGACUACUAACUUCUAUUUUGAUAUUUAUUAAUGAGUUGACACUGUAGUAUAUUGAGAUGUUUAUUUUUCUAUCAGAGCUGUAACAAUUGUGACAUAGCAUUAUUUUAAUGCAGCAUCAUUGUACUUGCUCUCUAAAAAAUAAAAUCCAUAUUAAAUCCAUAUGGAAUUUUCAUAUUUGUAAUGUUUAAUAUAAUCUGUGAUAAGUUGCGGAAGAUAUGAUCACCUCAUUGAAAACGCAAAGCCUUUUCACUAAGGUGUACAAAUAUGUCUGCAAGAGAAAGUAUAUGAUUACAGUGUUUUUAAAAUGGCAUAAUACUGUGUCAGGACAGGUAAAACAUGAAGAAUAUCAUGUUUAUCAGACGUAGGCAAGCAGAUGAAUGCAUGUUCAGGAUGAACUUUGAGAAGGUGGGAAGGAACACAAUAGCAGGUAGCAGUUUGGAGAUGCAGCUGAUUUGCCCUGUCCAACCCAACUGAAACAUGAGUGCCCCAAGAGGUGUUAGCUCUUUGUAGGGGACAAGAAGAUACUUCCUGUAGAAAUAUAAUCUAUUUAUUGAUAGGUGUUUACAGUAGCCUUUCUUCUGCUUUUCUGGGUUGGAUGGUAGAGGAGCUAGUGCUCUGCAAAUAGGUAAAUUUCUCUGCAAAUGCCUCAUCUAUGCCACUCUCUGCAGGCCUCGGGUUCUUGAAAACACAUCAGCAAAUUGGGAAGGUGAUGUGCAUUCUGUUCUCAUGCCCAGUCGGUGGUAGCAUUUGUUUGCACAAUGCCACAAAAUUUCUCUUAAAGGGAUUUCAGACAUGCUGUGUGUAAGGACAUUCAAAAUUUGUACUGUAAGACCAUGAUGCGUCAGUAAGAGAAAGCUGUGGCACUAAGACACCUGCCAGACACCACUGAUAGAUCUGUCUCUUCAGGCUCCUAAUAUGAUUCAGUUUUUGUUCUGGGGAUGUGAGAGAGCUAGAAUCAAGUCACAACCAAUAUAUGCCUAACUAUCACAUCACUCAGUGUCCAGGACUUAGAAAAACCUCAGAAAAGGUGUACAGCAAAAUGAGAAACUAAAGUCAAUAUUCAAAGGCCAGUCUAUUCUUCCUUGUUGCUGCUUCUAUCAAAGCAAGGAACAUGAUCCCACUAUAUGUCUGGUGAGACUAAGGCUUUGAGAAAUUUUCUUUCACAGAGCCCAGAGAUUCAUCAGCAUUCACUGACACACAAAGUAAGCACAUGCAACCAGUCCCACAAAUGGAGGAGUACACAUUUUCCUCAAAAGCUCUUUAUAGAGGGAACAUUAAUGUUGUCAACAAACAUAAACUAGAACUGUAUUUCAGGCACAUAAUUUAAGCAUGCAACUUGAGCUCCCAAUAUAGGGUUUCAUUUUACCAUUUGAUAGUAAUCUUGAAACUAAAGUUAGUGUUAACCUUAUAGUUCUCUAUAGACAGUGAUACUGGUGCCAAACUACAUUGCAUACCCUGUAUGUUGUGGAAUAAUGGUAAGUGAUCUGUAUGGAGUCUAUUUCUUCCUGUGCCCUGAAAUCUAGCAAUUAAUAUGUGUCUCUAUACCCUAAAAUGUCUGGUUAAUGAUAGGGGGUUUGACCCUAGCGGCAUUGUACUUAGCCCAUUUUUAUUCAUAUCCCCAAAGGC